AUGGCUAACAUCAACAUUCGUCGGGACAUUUCCGACCCUUUCUAUCGGUAUAAGAUGGAGCGUCUCCAAGCCAAGAUCGAGGGCAAGGGCAACGGUAUCAAAACUGUUGUCGUCAACCUGAACAGCGUUGCCCAGUCCCUCAGCCGACCCCCAUCCUAUUUGAUCAAGUAUUUCGGCUUCGAACUUGGAGCACAGGCAAACUCUAAACCCACAGACGAUCGUUGGAUCAUCAACGGUGCUCACGACGCUCCCAAGCUUCAGGACUACCUGGACGGUUUCAUCACCAAGUUCGUCCUCUGCAAGAAGUGCAAGAACCCCGAGACUGACGUCGUCAUCAAAGACCAGUCUAUCAUUCUUGAUUGCAAGGCCUGUGGUGAACGCUCAGAUGUGGACCCCCGUCUCAAGCUCAGCUCCUUCAUCUUGAAGAAUCAACCGAAGAAGGGAAAGAAGGAUAAGUCAACCAAGAAAUCUCGCCGAGAGAGGAACAAGGAGAAGGGAGAGAAUGGAGAGAAUGGGGAAACAAACGGUAGCCCAGGAGACAGCAAUGGUUCUGAUAUGGGAGACGACAAUGGUGACGUGGGUGUUGAUGCUCACAGUGAUGACGAACUCACUCGUCGAAUCAAGGCUGAGGCCCAGGCAAUCGAGCAUACUGAUGACAUCGAUGACGAUGAAUGGGCCGUCGAUGUCUCAGAGGAGGCUGUCAGGGCCCGUGCUCAAGAGCUUCCCGAUGACCUCAAGCGCACUCUCGUUUUCAACGACGGUGACGGCGAUGAGGAUGGCGAAAACGCAGUCGCUAGCUCCUAUGAUCAAUUUGGAAGCUGGAUCAUCGAAACUGCCGAGAAGUCCGACAAAGGUGCCGCAGGUGUCAGCGAUGUUGACAUCUACGUGAAGGCUAAAGAGUUCGGCAUCGAAUCUAAGCACAAGACCCUUUCGGUUUUGGCUCAGAUCCUGUUCGAUGACAACAUCGUCAAGCAGAUUCCAACUCGUGCUGGUCUCUUGAAGAAGAUGAUUACUUCCGAGCGCCAUGAGAAGGCUCUUCUCGGAGGAACCGAACGUUUCGUCGGCAAAGACCGCCCAAACCUUCUCCCAAUGGUGUCCUCCAUCCUUCUCACGUACUACCAAAACGACUUGGUUUCCGAGGAUUUGCUUAAGAGCUGGGGCACCAAAGCCAGCAAGAAGUACGUCGACCUAGCUACCAGCAAGAAGGUUCGCAAGUCCGCUGAGAAGUUCCUCGAGUGGCUUGAGACUGCCGAGAGCGAAGACGAAAGCGAGGAAGACGACGAGUAA